AUCACCCGCCAGCCAGGCGCGUGUGUUCGAUUUUUGUUCAACUAAGAAUACCUCUUACUUAUUUACUAUUCUUAUGCCCACACGCACGCACGCAGCACAAGGUCUCGGAAGUGUCUGUUGUUCUUUACAAACAGAGUGCUGGCUGAAAUUUUUUCCCCGAAAGAUCUUCACGCCACGGUGAUACUACUACCUCACGACCUUUCCAUGCGAGAUCUAGGUGUGCUUGCAUAGUUCCGACGGAGACUUUUUCCCCCUGAAAGGUGGCCGUGGUCGCGGACCUGUUGUGGGGACGGUACUUUAUCUAUUCACAUGUCCAUCACUGUCGAUGAGGAUUGAUGCACGCCAGCUUCAAUGAUGGAUCAAGGAUCUCGUUUUCGACUUCUGCGUGGCAUCUGGAUUCUGGUUUCUCCAACUGCAUUAUGCAGUCUGAUUUCUCUCUUGCUUUACCUCGCUUACCGCAUCAAGUGCAUUGUAUCGGCAUACCAAAAUUUCGCGGAAGAUCGAACGGUGGUGGCCCAGUCUGAUCGACGACAGUCUUUGGCUUUCGCGUGGUUGUUUCUCGUCUUUGAGGUGCUGGCAUUUUUGCCUAGCAUCCUCUCAUACCUCCCUAGAACCCUGGCCAUUCGUCGUCCGAAAUAUCCAAUUCCAGCUCUCACUGGUAGCGAUGUGCCGGCUGUGGACGUUCUUAUUACAUGCUGCAACGAAGAUCGAGCUGUUAUUCGCAAUACGAUACUUGCUGCCUGCACGAUCGAUUAUCCAUGUUCUCGCUUUCGCAUCUUCGUCUGUGAUGACGGAGCUGCGGACGAUGUUCGUGAGAUGGUGCAAGAGCUUAGAAUUUCGUAUCCAAAUCUCUUAUACACUUCACGAGCGAACGACGCGAGACCGUACCACAAAGCUGGAAGUCUGAAUCAUGGGCUUCGAUACUCGCGUUCGACCUUGGGAACGAUCGUUUCAGAGCAUAUCGCUGUUCUGGACGCAGACACCAUACCAGAGCCCCAAUGGUUAAGAGCGGUAAUUGCGCCUCUCGUAAAAGAUCCGCGAGUCGCCCUGGCGUGCCCUCCGCAGACAUUUUACAACAUUCCGGUGAACGACCCAUUGACACAGACCAUGUCGCAUCUUGCAGGGAUUGCAGGAGUUGUUGAUAGCUCGCUCGGCAACGCAGACUGCCAAGGUCCCGGAUACGCUAUCAGACGCUCAGCAAUCGAAGGCAUCGGUGGCUUUCCAGAAGAGUCGCUAGCAGAAGAUACCUGCUGCUCCACAAGCUUACUCGGUGCCGGGUGGAGGACAGUCUUUGUGCAUGAAAUACUGCAGUACGGAGAAGUUCCGCAUUCAUUUCGAGUGCACAUUCAGCAGAGGACGAGAAGGUUCGUCGGCCAAGUGCAGAUUGCGCUACUGUUCAAAGGCAGAUUAUCGAGACCGAGAGGGAGGCACUUCACGUUUCUGCAGAGAUUUGCAGGUCUCACAUUUGAUGUCCGGCAGUUUGUGCAAGUGCUUCUUGCGCUGAACUUUGUCUUCAUCCCAUUCGCACUCUGGUCUGGCUAUCCGAUGGUCAUAUGGACGGUUGAUGACGAGCUGAGGUGGAUCGUCCGCCUUGUCACAAUCUGGUCUGCCUGCCACUGGCUUCAUCAAGGACUGAUGGGUUUGGUUGCCGGUCUGGCGAAUGGUCGCUUCGAGCCAAGGAUAACAUCCUACGGUGCCGAAUUGGAGCAGUGGAUGGCGCCGUAUGUGCUUUGGGCUUUCAUUCAAUCCUUCCUCCUAUCACACUUUCUGGGUGGCAAGACCGCCUCGUUUACGCCUAGUCGCAGCACAUAUCUCGAGCUGAAGGAACGAGAACCGGCACGACAGCGCGUUCGAAAUGCACUUCUGAACCAUCUUCUCUUCGUUCACCUUUUGUUCGUUGUCACCACCAUACUCGGCGUUGCUCUGGUGAUAAUUCGAGCUCUCUACGACGACACGUUACCAACCUUAUUUCCAGUACAAGAUCUGCACUCGACUUCCAGCAAGAUCGUCUACUUGGUAGCUCGAGUUGGAUGGCCACCACUUAUGUGGACGAAGUAUUUGACUUCCUGCAUGUCGCCAUUACUGUACAUCGUCUUCCAGCCGCAGCGAGCAGGCAGAGAGACAUUGACAGAUCGAGGUCCGGAGGCAGGUGCAGCACGGCCCAGUCAGCGAGCAAGGGCUGUCCCUACUGAUGGUUGGGUUCUCUGGAGAUAUGUGCGAAUUUGUGUUGUCAUUCCAUAUGUCGGUACUUUGUUCAUUCUCAGUUUUCUUCUUUGAGAUGGAUGAUAUUGAGAUGGAUGAUAGAAAUCAAGAAUCGUCUCCCGGGGUACAGCAAGACCAUAGGGGUGUCGGGGAGGCGGCAGCACGGCAAGUUUUGUCUACAGCCAAGCAGUGUGGAGGGUUCACUUCAUGAAGUCGUCCAAACUCAGUCCAAAUCCGCUUGAAGUGCCGGUCGUCUUGCGAUCCGCGAGCAUGGCCUGAAGACUGCUUUUCUUCCCGCGCCCACGCUUCUUGGAGCCUGCAGCCGAGGGCGCGCGGGCCUCCGCUUUUCCCAUAGCAGAUUUUGGUGCUCGAAGCGGCUGUUCAUGUGAGACCAGAGGUAAUUUGCCCGAGCGAUCGAGUUUUGCGUUCUUUGAUCUUCGUAGCCCCCGUUCCACGACUGUUGUGACGGAGGAGCACCUCAGGCAUUCGAGCGUGGUCGUUGCCGCCUUGCUAGUUCCUGACAUCCGAUCACGCCUGGUGCGUGUGUGAGCUUUCGUGGUGAUCUUCGUGCAGCUCCAGCCCAGCAGCAUGGUGCUGCCACAAGCAGAGCAUGACUGAGGAUGGCCGACAUGCUGCUCAUUGACCGUUUGCAGGUAGGAUGAGAUGGCUGGCGAGGACAGCAUCAGCGCUUCGCUUGCAGCUGCGAGGUACUGCUGUCGUGCCGCUUCCGCCAUUCUAUUUCUGGUGAGUGACGCCUUCUUCGACGUGUAAGGCGGCG